AUGGCAGUGGCAAGACCGGUGAGAUUUCUCGGUGCAUUGUCGAUUGUACUGGUAUUCUUUCUGCUCUAUCAAUUGACGCGGCCUGUUGCCCCCAUCACGCCCCCGAACCGCAAUGGCGAAACCAUUGAGAAUAUGGAGAGGGAUCCCCUCCUAGACCCAAUCGGCGAACCUCCAGAACCCCUAUGGCGACACACUGAGCACGACUACUCCCCCAAUAAUCCCAACUCCCCUCGAAUCAAUGCCACCCUUCUUUCCCUCGUUCGCAACAGCGAACUGCGUGAACUGCUUCCCACAAUGCGCCAACUGGAAGAGACUUGGAAUCACAAAUACAACUACCCAUGGUCCUUCUUCAAUGACGAGCCCUUUAGCGAGGAAUUCAAGAAGAAGACCCAAGAGUUGACCAAGGCGCAAGUGUUCUAUCAUGAAAUCCCCAAGGAGCAUUGGGACACGCCAUCCUGGAUCAACCACGACCUCUACCUCGAGUCGGCGCAAAUCCUCAAGGAGCACAACGUCCAGUACUGGGACAAGGAAUCCUACCAUAAGAUGUGCAGGUGGAACAGCGGGCUGUUCUACCAGCAUCCCGCCCUCAAAGACUUCCGCUACUACUGGCGCGUCGAGCCCAAGGUCCAGUUCUUCUGCGACGUUGACUAUGACGUCUUCCACUACAUGCAGGACCACAACAAGACCUACGGCUUCAACAUCAACCUCUACGACUCCCCCGAAAGCAUACCUACCCUGUGGCCCGAAACCAUCAAAUUUCUCGCGGCGCAUCCCGAGUACCUGCACAAGAACAACGCCAUGGCCUGGCUGGUCGACAGCGAAAGGCGUCCCGAGCACAACCUCAAAGCUCACGGCUACUCCACCUGCCAUUUCUGGUCCAACUUUGAGAUCGCCGACAUGGAGUUCUGGCGCAGCCCAGCUUAUCAAGACUACUUCAACCAUUUGGAUAGGGCCGGAGGGUUCUUCUACGAGCGUUGGGGCGACGCGCCUGUUCACAGCAUCGCUCUGGGUCUGUUUGAGGACGCGUCGCGAAUACACUGGUUCAAGGACAUUGGCUACAACCACAUCCCUUUCUUCAACUGCCCCAACUCGCCCAAAUGCCGGCGCUGCAAGCCCGGCCAGUUCUACGCCGGAGAGUCAUGGCUGCAAAGGGAGGAUUGCCGCCCCAACUGGUUCAAAUACGUCGGCACUGGCUGA